GCCUAACCAAUCCAAACUGUCGAAGAUAAGGACGUGCAUAUGUACAUUCACGAUUGUGUUUAUGUACGACCACACGAAUAGAUAAUGCCGCAAACAGAUAACAAUGCUCUAUGCAGCCGUCACGUCAAUUGUUUUCGUCCAGAUAUUUCGGAUUGCGUAUGGAGAAAGCUCUGCAGAUCCGUGUCUUGCCGGAAACCACGAUAACAUUACGUCCAUGGGUUUCCGGCAAGUGACCAACAAGGACUGUUCCCUGAACAGGGUCACUGAUUACCGGCUCGUCCGCGCCUGGUAUUACGCGGGACCGGAUCCCAUUCUCACCUCACCGCCUGAUCAGCUGUGCAGAUGUGGGGCCAACUUCCCUAUAUGGAUGAAUGGUUCUUUGCCUCACCCACAAGAUGGAAUCGUCUCACGUGACACGUGUCUCAAGUACUCGACUAUUUGUGACACGCGCUUCGGUAUCCAGGUGAAGAAUUGCGGAACAUUCUACGUGUACAAACUGCCCCCAACCCGCGAGGACCACACGGCCUAUUGCUUUGGAAGCGUCCCAAAUGCGAUUUCAACGAUUGCACCUGAUUGCGGCGACCCAAACGACAAAAUAAACCUAGAUUCGGAUGUUGUCCUUGGUGAAUUCAGAUCAAUACAAUACAAUUCCACUGGUGUCGAUUCCCACGCAACCGUGUAUUGUCUCCCAGGACAUGGAGUUGUCGACGGUACUGAUACAUACGAGUGGUUCACACUUACUUGUACAUCCGGUCUAAAGUGGAAUUCAACACGGACGUGCAAGAGUUUACAAGAUUGCGGUGACCCAAACGACCCCAAAAACCACGAUGUGGACGUGAAGCUUGGGGAUUUUCAUAACAUCACCUACACCACUUCGACCACAGAUUCUCAUGCUAUCGUUUAUUGCAGCAACGGGUACGGUGUUCAAGACAACGGUAUUAAACAGAAUUGGUUCCAACUCACGUGCAAAGAUAACAAAUGGCAUUCCUCUCGCACUUGCAGGUCUCUUGAAACAGCGGUGAUGUUCGGAUAAAAAUGUACCAUCGGAGAAUUGAACAUUCGUGGACUCGUUCGCCGCAGAAAUUGAAUACACCGAUAAUAAUUGAUAGUCAGGACUUAACAUACAAAAAACACACGAAAUCAAACUAGGUCUUAUUAUUACUAUUAUCCGCAAAUAAAUGUACGCACCUACGU